ACACAUGCACGCAAAUUCGUUUGAAUCUGGGAUGCGUUCCGUUUCACGCAUUAAGCGCAUAGAUCGCUUGAAAAUCUAUAAUUCAUGUAACAUAUAUUAUAGAUUUCCAAAUGAUCUAUGCGCUCUAUGCGUGAAACGGAACGCAAUCCUGGAUAGGCCUUGAAGCUUCCAAUGGCAGUAAAACGAGAUCCUACAAAAUUGACCAAUCGGUGCUAAUAAAAUAAUCGUUUCGUAGAAGAAGAAGAAGCAGCUAUAGAGUAUUAGCAGCUAGUGAGUCUAAUAAUAAAAUUUGUGUUAUUGGUAAUUUAAAAGAGAACUUCAUACAUUGUAUUAUAAAGUGGGUUAUUAAAUCUGCAAAAAAUAUUACAAUAAAUGAAACAUGAGUUGUCAAAAAGGUAACACUAGUCGAUCAAGACCUCAGAAGUACCAGAAUCAUACAGCUUUCAAAAAUAAUUUGUAUGAUAAUUCUAAGAAAAUAAAAUUUAUUAAUAGUAUUGAAGUUGUGAAUGUUUGUGAGCGCUGCAAAAAAAUAAUAGAAUGGAAGAUCAAGUACAGGAAAUACAAAGCACUUAAAGCUCCAAUGAAAUGCAUAAAAUGUGAACAAAAGAUUGUGAAACACUCUUAUCAUAAUAUCUGCUUGCCUUGUGCCAAGCAGAAUGAAAUUUGUCCAAAAUGUGGAAAGAAGAAAGAAAUUGUAGAAGCAAAACCUAAUAGGGAAGAAUUAAUUAAAUUGGAUGAAGAAUUUAAAACAAUUUUAAAAACCUUGUCAGAGAGAAAACGAAGAACGUUUUUACGUUACAUGAAUCAACAAUCAUCAAAAAAUACAAAAAAUAAUAAACACAUGUCUGGAUCAGACAUAGAUAUAAAUAAAUGUGAAGUCAAAGACAAAAGUGAGGAUAAAACAGAUUCCAAAGGAAGAGAAGAUUUAUUAAUAAAACUGAAAUCAUUAGCUAUUAUAGGAGAGGAAGAUGAUACCUUCAACAGUGAUACUGAUAUUGAAAGUAAAGACAAUAAUUUUAGUGAUGAUAUUGCUUGAUUAUGUAAUAAAACUUUUUCUAAGUAUAAAAAGAGUUUCUCAAACUAUAA